ACAAACAGUCUUCUUCCCUGUACCAAAAAAAAAAACAGUCUUCUUCCCAAGUCCAGACCUGCUUUUCUUCUUUACCAAAUCCAGAGUUUCUGUCGAUUCCGAUUCCAGUAUUCACAAUUAGUCUGGUUCUACGGCCUUUAAUCGGAGUUUUGGUACAUGUGAAAGAUGUGGAUUGAGCAAUUGGAUGAAGGCGAGAGUGAUCGGAGAGACGGCAUUGAACAUGUGGGGAAGCAGCAGCUAGAGAGAGUAGACGACGCCAAGAGAGCUUUGGUUGGUGCUGGUGCUCGGAUCCUCUUUUAUCCUACGCUUUUGUAUAACGUUUUCCGGAACAAGAUCCAGUCUGAAUUCAGAUGGUGGGACGAAGUUGACCAGUAUCUUCUGCUUGGGGCAGUUCCAUUCCCCAAAGACGUGCUGCGGUUGAAGCGGCUCGGUGUCAGUGGUGUAAUCACGCUCAACGAACCUUAUGAGACACUGGUUCCUACUUCCUUAUAUCAUGCCCACGGCAUUGAACACCUAGUAAUUCCCACUAGAGACUAUUUGUUUGCUCCAUCACCAUCAGACAUCAGACGAGCUGUGGACUUCAUUCAUAGUGAGUAAUUACGUUCUGACCAUUCUCUGAUAGAGUGCUUGUCCCUGUGGCCCAUUUGGCCAUCUGCCAAAUUCUUUCUUUUCCUUUUUGGCACAGAGAAUGCAUCUUGUGGUAGAACUACUUAUGUACAUUGUAAAGCCGGUAGAGGAAGGAGCACAACCAUUGUACUUUGCUAUUUGGUAGAGCAUAAACACAUGACACCUGCUGCUGCUCUUGAUUAUGUACGGUCCAGUAGACCUCGAGUUUUGCUUGCCCCCUCACAGUGGAAGGCGGUUCUGGAUUACAGCCAGUGCCAAAGAGCAGAUGCUGCACAGUCUCCCUCUGCAGAUGCAGUCCUGAUAACAAAAGCAGAUCUUGAAGGUUAUCAUGGAACUUCUGACAACAAUGCUAGCAAGGAGCUCAUGAUUGUACCGAAGAUGGUGCGAACCAGGCCCAUGAUAGCUAGGUUGUCCUGCCUUUUUGCAUCUUUGAGGGUCUCUGGGGUCUGCGGUCCAGUGACACGGAGUUUGCCUGAGGCACGUGCUUGUUAGAGUCUACCAAUGCUGCAAACCACGUUGCACGGUUGUUGCAUCUACAGAAAAGCAAAUAAGUGCAGUGGCUGCUGGCUCAAUCAAUUUCUGUAUUUCUGGUAACGUACGGGUCUAUGAGACUGCAAUAAAAAUAGAAAGGUUGAGUUCUUCAUUGUUAGUGUAUAACCCACAGAUAAAUGGUAUCCCCUGCUGCUCUACUUGUUUACAUCUCUUGCUAUAAUAAUUAUUUCCACGCGUCAUGCAUGGAUGGAUCACUGAUUUCACUUGAUCUGGAAACAUCACUAGCAUCCAAAAGAUUACAGCAUCUGGAGCUGGUCAGUCCGGUGAAGACUAGUGUACCUGGCUAGUUUUGAGGUUGGUACUAGUUUCAUUUGUAAUCUUGUUGACAUCAUAAUCCUACAUUAAAAGCACUGGGUCGUCUACAACUACGAACAGGUAACCUUAUCCUUUCUUUACCAGUACAAAAUUGUCUUUAUCAGUAUUCAGAAGUUUCGAGCAGAAAGCGAUGCAGACAGAGACUUUUGGGUUCCUCAUGGGAUUAACUCUUGCCCCCUUCACACGUUGAGUGUUCUGGAUCUGAAUUUGACCAUUUGCACUCGCAUACAGAGGGAACAUCUCUCUUGAAAGGAAGCUGCUCUGUAUGGAGACAAUACUGGAAAUAGAUAAAUUUGCUGGGAUCGUUCGCCUCAAACAAUAUUUCAAGACGGAGAUGAGGAAAAUGACGUGACUGCAGUGCUAUACUUUGGUAUGCAAAAUCGUCUUUUCAAGGUUUUCCUAGUCGUGCGGAUAUGAAACAGGCAAAAUGUUUGGCCAAAUUCGAAGUGGCUGGAUUUGCCAGAACACAUCCACUUGAAGUAACAUGGGUUUCAGGUCACAGGAGAUUUAUCUAAUGCUGCACAAAAUACUGAGAGAAAAAAAAAAUGGAAAGAAAAACAUUGUGACUCAAUCAUGGUAACUUAAUCAUUUCCGUUCUCGUCCUCCGUAAAUAUUUUUU